AUGCCCGAGAAACCGCUGACCAUCGCGACCUACGCCGCCGGUGCAUCCUUGGCUGCCAUUACCUUGGUCUACGUCUUUGCUCCCACCUUCUUCCUCGACGCCGAGGCUGCCCAGAGUUCUAAGAGCACUCGCAAAAAAGGCGUCGUAGGUUUGGUCAAUCCGGCAAACGACUGCUUCAUCAACUCGGUUCUUCAAGCUUUGGCGGGCUUGCCGGAGCUGCGAGCAUUCCUGAUUAGGGAGGUUCAUCGCCGAAAGCUAGACGGGCCGCAACUGUACAGCGACCUUUCUGCAGCAUUGGAGGAAGAAUCGAAGAAGAAGCCAGGCGCCAAGAGGACGCCGGAGUGGCAGAUUGAGGGUCUGCAACAAGGCCUGGUCACUGCGGGCUUGAAAGAGGUGCUAGAUGCGCUGAAUGAGAGGCCUAUCUACAAGAAGACUAUAUCGGCACAGUCCUUCAUCAGAUGUGUCGAGCAAGCAUUCCGAACUAGGAUCUCAAGGACACAGCAGGAUGCGCAGGAGUUUCUGCAAGUGAUUGUGCAAAGAGUUGCAGAAGAAUACAAUGCGGGCAGGAGAGUGCGCCGCAAGGCGAGACGGAGUCUAGCGGAAGGCUUUGGUGUGACAAUUGAGUCUCGGGCAACUAUUGCAGAACGACCAAACGGCAACGAGGAAGAUCACCCGAGGGACAGUAAACUCAUGUCAACCACAACUGGAAACAGAGACGAAGAUCCGGAGCAGGACGAAUGUGUGUUUCCACUUCAAGGCAAGCUGGAGUCGCAAGUCGAGUGCUCGCAUUGCCGUUUCAAACCAAAGCCAACAGUGUCCUCGUUCCUGACCCUUACGCUGCAUGUGCCGCAUCUACAAACAUCGGCAACCCUUAAUGAGUGUUUCGAUGGGUUGUUGAAGGUGGAGCAUAUUGACGACUUUGUGUGUGAUCGUUGCAGACUUGUGCACGCCAUGUCAGUGAACACGCGGCUCCUUGCCAAGUCAAAUCUAACGAAAUCCGAAAGGAAGGCGAUCGAAGGAGAUCAAGCCAAGUUGCAAGAGGCUCUGGAUCACGACCCAGAGAAGCUACCCAACCAUGUCAAGCUCCCAGAUUCAUCCACUGCGCCGAAGCGAAGGAUAGCUAGGCACACGCGAAUCUCGACAUUCCCCAGGAUAUUGUCGGUGCAUCUAUCCCGAUCGGUGUGGGAUCCAUCAGCGUUAUCAGCAAAGAACCAAGCAAAGGUAUCGUUUCCGGAAUCACUACCGCUCGGCGGACUCUUAGACAGAAAGUCGUAUCGAUUGCUAGGUGUCGUGACGCAUAAGGGCGGGCACAAUAGUGGUCAUUACGAGUCGUUCCGUCGACAGGUCCUACCUCAACCAUUUUCAACACCUACAACCAUGGGUACAGAGGGUGUUUUCAGCAUGAGGAACUCUCCUGUGCCUAGUGCACUCAAUAGUCCAAUAUUGAGUGCCAGCGCAGACUCCCAAUCUCUAUCUACACUCACAUCAGCAACCCCGAGUAGUUCUUCGCGAUCAUCGACUCAGCCUGUCGAAGCGUCUACGCCAUCUGCAGAGAAACGAAAAUCCAUGCUCUCAACCAUGAGUAUACCGAGCGCCUCGCACGAGCUCACGUCUACUGCAGAAAUCCCGGUCCCACCACUAACACAAGAGGCGACCAUAGACACAUCGACUGCAUAUAAAAACGGCGUUUCGACAACGGAAGGCAACGCCGAGAAACCGAAGCGGACAUCCUCAACUCGCAACAUUCGUAGCAUCACAGGCAGCCAACGGCGUAAGAAAACAAGCACUGACCGUUGGUGGAGAAUCAGCGACGAAAAGAUCAAAGAGAGCAAGACGAGCGAUGUUCUCGGUAUGCAAAGGGAGGUCUACAUGCUUUUCUAUGAAAUG